UGCCCCAUCAUUGGUGUCAGUGGGAGGAAUAGUGCCCCAUCAUUGGUGUCAGUGGGAGGAAUAGUGCCCCAUCAUUGGUGUCAGUGGAGGAAUAGUGCUCCAUCAUUGGUGUCAGUGGGAGGAAUAGUGCCCCAUCAUUGGUGUCAGUGGGAGGAAUAGUGCCCCAUCAUUGGUGUCAGUGGGAGGAAUAGUGCCCCAUCAUUGGUGUCAGUGGGAGGAAUAGUGCCCCAUCAUUGGUGUCAGUGGGAGGAAUAGUGCCCCAUCAUUGGUGUCAGGGGGAGGAAUAGUGCCCCAUCAUUGGUAUCAG